AUGAAUGAGCACGCCCCCAGCGUACACGUGAGUGAGAGAGCAGAGAAUCCAAACCCGGACUUGUCUGCUCGGAACAAACCCGAUUUCAUACUCGAUGUUACGUCCGGGAAGCUUUGGUAUUGGAGUAUUACCCUCCGGCUGCAUUCGGGUCAAAUAGAAACAAAACGAUUGUUGAAGAGACAGAGAGGCUAUGUGGUCGUGAAGCUCUUGAGUCACUCCAAAACCACCAAAGAUUUACCAAUUCCUUGUUACCAAACAUCACUAAUCUCUCCAUUCAUCUUCAAUCGAUUCACCAACGUGAGUAGUUACCUUAAUUUCAACAGAUCGGUCGUUAUUCGGAGGGAAAAUGUCAUUUCUGCAGUUUUUGGACAAAUCGAUUUAGUGGUGUUGGGUAGUGUGGCAUCUGGUACACUGUCAAAUUCUGGUGAUGGACUCAUGGAUGAGUCAAAUUCUGGUGAUGGACUCAUGGAUGAGGAUAAAUUGACAUAUUUCCGAAUAAAGGAGCUCAAGGAUGUCCUUACUCAACUAGGGCUAUCAAAGCAAGGAAAGAAGCAGGACCUUGUAGACCGGAUAUUAGCCAUUCUCGUUGACGAACGAGUUUCUGGGAUGUGGGCCAAGAAGAAUGCUGUUUCAAGGGAAGAAGUAGCAAAACUAGUAGAUGACACCUUCAGGAAAAUGCAGGUUGCUGGGGCAACUGAUUUAGCAUCGAAAGGCCCAGAUUUAUCAUCAAAAGGACCGGGUGUCUCAGAAAACAGUAAUUUGAAGUCCAAAGAGGAAAUUGAAGAUUCUUACCAGAUGUAUAAGAUUCAGUGUCCCUGUGGAAGUUCAUUGCAAACUGACUCAAUGAUUAAGUGUGAGGAUCCAAAAUGUAAUGUAUGGCAGCAUAUUGGUUGUGUUAUGAUUCCGGAGAAACCUGUAGAUGGUGUGCCACCUGUUCCUCCUGAUAUUUAUUACUGUGAACUCUGUAGACUGAGUCGGGCAGACCCGCCUUCUGUAGAGGUUGAAAAGAUUGUCCUGGUUUUUCCUCCUUGGCUCAACCUGCCUGGUUUUGUGGGACUUCCAUUAUAUCCUGUUAAGCUGAUUAUUGCAAGUGUUCCAACAGACGGGACAAACCCUGUGUUUGAGAAAACAUUUCAACUUUCAAGGGCGGACAAGGAUUUGUUGUCUAAACAAGAGUAUGAUGUACAGGCAUGGUGUAUGCUGCUUAAUGACAAGGUACCAUUCAGGAUGCAGUGGCCACAAUAUGCGGACUUGCAGGUCAAUGGUGUGCCGGUGCGGGCCAUAAACAGACCGGGGUCACAGUUGCUUGGAACUAAUGGACGUGAUGAUGGCCCCAUCAUCACACCAUGCACCAGAGAUGGGAUUAAUAAAAUUUCCCUAACAGGAUGUGAUGCCCGCGUAUUCUGUUUUGGGGUCAGAAUUGUACAGAGGCGUACUGUCCAACAGAUUUUUAACUUGAUUCCCAAGGAGUCUGAUGGUGAGCAAUUUGAUGAUGCUCUUGCUCGUGUCCGCCGUUGUGUUGGUGGUGGAACUGCAACAGAGAAUGCUGAUAGUGACAGUGAUCUGGAAGUUGUUGCUGAUUCUAUUCCUGUCAAUUUACGUUGCCCUAUGAGUGGUUCGAGAAUCAAGACUGCUGGAAGAUUCAAACCUUGCGUGCACAUGGGCUGUUUUGAUCUUGAAGUAUUUGUCGAAAUGAACCAACGGUCUAGGAAGUGGCAAUGCCCCAUUUGUCUCAAGAACUACUCUUUGGAGAACAUAAUCAUCGAUCCCUAUUUCAAUCGUAUCACGUCUAAGAUGCGGAAUUGUGGAGAAGAUGUGACAGAGAUUGAGGUGAAGCCUGAUGGUUCUUGGCGUGCAAAAGCAGAAAGUAGUGGCAGGAGUCUGGGGGAUCUUUGGCAGUGGCACCUACCUGAUGGUUCUCUCUGUGCCCAUAAGGAGGGAGAAGCUAAACCCAAACCCGAAGUUUUUAAGCAGAUUAAGCAGGAAGGUACUUCUGAUGGUCAUACGGGUUUGAAACUUGGAAUCAAAAAGAAUCAAAAUGGCUUUUGGGAGGUCAGCAAACCUGAAGAUAUGCAUACACUCUCUUCAGGCAAUAGACUACAAGAUAAUUUUGAACACUAUGGUCAGAAAGUAAUUCCUAUGAGCAGCAGUGCAACUGGCAGUGGUAGGGAUGGCGAAGAUCCCAGCGUCAAUCAGGAUGGUGGUGGGAACUUUGAUUUUUCGAGCAACAAUGGGAUUGAGUUGGAUUCUAUUGCUUUGAACAGUGAUCCAAGAUAUGGAUUUACUGACCGAAAUUCUUCUGCUCCUCUGGGGGAUGCUGAAGUCAUUGUUCUCAGUGAUUCUGAUGAUGAAAAUGAACCCUUGAUUUCUUCUGGAACAGUUUUCAUGGACUCUCAGACUGAUGCUGGUGCAGUAACAUUUUCAGUUCCUCCACAUGGAUAUCCAGAUUCUUAUCAUGAAGAUCCUGCCCUUGGUACUGGUGGGAGUUCAGGUCUGGGGCUUUUCAAUGGCAACAAUGAUGAAUUUGGGAUGUCCAUGUGGUCUUUACCUUCUGCCCAGGUAGGCCCUGGUUUUCAGUUAUUUGGUACCGAUGCAGACGUCUCAGAUGCCUUUGUUGACGUGCAUCAUGGUUCAAUGAACUGUCCCACACCAAUAAAUGGCUACACAUUGACUGCUGAGACUGCCAUGGGAUCUGCUGCUCUAGUCCCUGAGUCUUCUGUUGACCAUGUGAAUGCUGACAUAAAUGGCGGGUUAGUUGAUAAUACCUUGGCAUUUGGUGGGGAUGACCCUUCUCUUCAAAUAUUUUUACCUACAAGGCCUUCAGGGGUAACAGCACAGGCUGAUGUAAGAGAUCAACUGGAUGUGGCAAAUGGUGUCCAUACCGAGGAUUGGAUUUCUCUCAGGCUAGGGGAUGGUGGGGGUGUGGUUCAUGGUGAGCCUGAAGCUGCAAAUGGUGGAUUAGAUUCAAGACAGCAAUUACAAUCGGAAGAAGGUGCCUUGGACUCAUUGGCAGACACAGCUUCUUUGCUGCUUGGUAUGAAUGACAACCACCCGGUGACGAGAACUAGGGAAAGAUCAGAUAGUCCUUUCUCGUUUCCUCGCGGACGACGUUCUGUAAGACCGAGAUUGUAUCUUUCAAUAGACACAGACUCCGAGUAGAAUAGAUGGACCUUGAUACGAGGACUUAUUUCUGUCUUACUUUUUCGUCUGAAUUGCUGUGCGAUCUGUUUGCUUGAAGAAGACCUUUCCCAGACUGGCUUGGUGAUCCAGCACUUCAUACUACCAAGUUGAAUUGUGUUUGUACAUUGAAGAAAAGGCUGUCAAACAUUCCAUUCUCCCCAUGCAACGGUAAUCUCAAUUGCUGAGAGGCACACGAUGAACAAAUUCUCCGGUUUGAAGAGUGUGCUGGCACCUUGGGGAAUUCUUUUUUAUGGGUCUGGUAUACUUUCUUUAUUGCACUUUUUUUUUUUUUUUCCCGGAUGACUUGCAGGUCUCAGUGCGGCAAAAUUAUACAUCAGACACAAGUUUUAAUGUGAAAUUUUAAAACAUGGAUUGGGAAUUUACCUUCGGAUGUUUGGGGAGCCUCUUGUAGUGACACAAAUAACCACAUUCUUCUGAAGAGAGCAAAUGGUUGACCGGUAAAUGUCUCUUCUUUUUCACCCACCGGGAUUCAGCAAUUUAUAGAAAUAUAUAAUAUUUUCCAGAUGGAUAAUUGGCAAGUGCAACUUUUAGUUUAAUUGUAUCAAUUUGACAACCGGGUCAUGCUUUUCUUGAUGCAAGGAUUAUUUUGAUUUAAGGUAUUCUCUUUCUAAGAGGUGGAAUAGAGGCGUAAUGAUCUCAAGUCAGUAAUGCAUUGUAUGUCUUAGAAUAGGUCUCAAUUCUUCUACCUUUUCUCGGAAGUUGAUGACUAUUCAUAGUUAUUACCUUGCACU